GAUGAAUUCAACGGUGCAAGGCCGGCGGUGUUGGUCUAGACAACCCUCAGCAGCAAGACGCGGGAUUUGUUACUGGAAAGGUAUGACAAGGUCAUGAGGUCAUUGCGCCUGGCCUAGCAUCGCCGGGAUUUGUUUCGUCUUUGUGAGCAAUUGGUUUGUGCCUUUGGUAUGUUCCACCGUUGCAGCAUCAAUACCGCCUCCUCGCGCCGUGACAGCUGUCAAGCCAUUUGACUGCCAGAAGAUGAUCGCGGAUGACCAAUCAAAGCAGGUAGAAGGUGGAGAGUUGCUGCUGCAGGUGGGAUUGUCUGGAAGGUUCGUCUCACUCCACGGGGUCAUGGACAGCAUGACGGUCUUGGACAUCAAGCAUCAAGCGCGUGACGAGGUAGCCAAGCUCUUGGGCAAAGAGUUCUUGUCUACCGAGUUGAUGUCCUUGCUACCUGGCGAGGGAGUGGAAGCCCUGAAGAAUGAAGUAAAGGUGGAGGACUUGAAGGUCUCCAGCGGCUCCACCUUGCGUGUCAUCGUGGACAGCACGCCGCCGCGCAACGUCUUUGGCCUGGAAUUGUCGGACCGCAACCAUUUUGAAGGGGGCAUAGACUCGCCGCUGGUGAGUGCUCUGCUGAAAUGGCUUCGCGAGGGCGGUGCAGCGCCUGGUCGUGGAAAAGAUGAACAACAGAAAGUCGUGAGUCACUUCAUGUCCUUGUACUUUGACAUUUCGACGGAGGGUGACCUUGUGAAAGAGCAAGGUUUCAAGGAUGAAGAUCCAAAGUUUUACUUUGGCUUUGUUCGCUCCUUAUGCUCGGAUGUUGGGAAGUUUGUCAAGACCUUGCAGUCAAAGAAUGCAUCCGGGCAACUCCCGUGCAAUGGCACGGCAAGCUUAAGCCUCAUGGCCUACUGUUCUCGUCACCGAGAGUGCGAGGGCUGUCAUGGUGCGACACAGCACCCUUCGAAUUGCAUGCUGAGUGGCUUGAGCAACAGCCUCAACCCAACAGUGGAAGGUAAAUGCCCGGGUUCUGUGAAGGAUUCCGAGCAUGCCAAGAAGCUUUUCAAGGACAUCGAACACUGCUCCGGCUCCGUUGAGGAGAUGGUGGCGCUCAAACAGGCAGCUCGGAUGUUGGCUUUGCUGAGUUCAUUGGUGGAGGAACUCAAGAAGUGCCAACUUGUGGGUGGCCAUGACAUCAAGUUGCGUCCUUCGGGUGCUCCAUACGACACACCUGUAAGAUGCAAUCGCAAGCGUUUGGACUCUCACGCUGAACGGAGGCUGGCUGAGUUUGUUCAGAUCUUUGAAGGAAUUAAAGAUCUGUUCUGCAGCUAGGGCCUAGGACAUGAUGCGUGUCAGAACACUUCUAAGGGUACCAUAAUGUGCCAUAGAGUACCCUUGGGUUACUGUUCCUAUGUGUUCCUAUGUGACGUGCCAGCCACCGUGCUGGCAGAAGAUCCUGGGCGAAAAAGGAACGCCAAUGAGCCAAGUCAGCUCCGGCCGUUUCUGACCCAAAGAGGUCCAGCGGCGCAGCGGUGGCACGGGUGGCUUUCUACUGUAACCAUUGCGACACUCAUUACGACAAAGUGACUAUGCCGUGCUAAACCUCGUCAUCCUUCGACAGGUUGGUAUCCUGUGAAUCUUUGGAUCUUUGGUUUUGACCCUUCAAUCCUCUUCAAUCUUGAUAUCCGGAAAAUUGGAACUUUAGCACGCAUUUGGCUUCAAUGGUUGCUCAUGGGCCUAUGCAAACUAACUAUAUACAUAUUUCUUCGCAGAGUUUGCAGGAGUGUUUCACCGUCAUGUCCAC